AUGGCCUUGCAACCACACCGCUCCUUACUCACGCCGAUCGAGCAGCUGCCUCCGUAUUCCCCUUCCCCGCGAGAGCUCGACUGGGAAACAUCUUCCAUCCGUUCGACUGCUCCAUCUUACGUCUCAGCUGCUCCGUCAUACCGCUCGACCGUUCCUCCAUGUCAUAACUCCUUGACAGAGCAGCCCGCCGGAAACUGCUCCAGUCGAAUUCGACCGGAUCAUUCCUCUCAGCCAUAUACAAAUGGCGGUGCUGGUGUCUACCAUCGAAGCUCAUCUCGUACUUUGGGUAGUAGCGUGUCUAAUUCACACUUGGAUCAUUCCCUCUACAAUAUUGUGAAAUGGGUGCCUGUCACAGAGGGAAUGCAAGCGCGGCAUUACCACAAUGUCGCCAAGAGACGCGCGACUGAAGCCUCGACGGGGUUAGACCUUGUUAGGAGUGUAUCGCCCCGUCUUCACCGUCAUUCUUCUUCCAUCGUUGAAACCGGCAGGGCGGACUCUUCUCGAGGUCAUCUCACGUCACUAUCAUCACCACAAUCAUCGUCAUUUUCCUCUGAACCUUCUUCUUCUUUCCAACCAAGCCCUUCUGCAGGAUUUUCGGAGUCGCAGACCUCUCGCUGGACAACACCUUCUCCCCUAGCAGAGGAGAAGGCAUUCAUGCAAGAAGAGUCCAAGUCAUGGGACUUCAUGACUUCGGAGAUGGCAGACUGGCAACGGCGAAAGCGAGAACGAGAGAGGAGCAAGAAAGAUGAGCCCUCCGCAACAACAGAUCUUCAACAACAGGUCAUUUCUGGGCGCGUUGCCAUGGUUGCUCAUCACAGUCAGGGAAGAACUACCACCACCGGCAGUAGGUCUUCCUACACUGCAGCGAAUUCUUCAGAUCCCGACGACGGGGGUAACGAACAAGGCUCUCCUGUAUCGUCGUCGUCAAAUCUGACGAAAAAGUUGAAGAAAAGAGUCAGUGAGCUUGUCUUGUCAUUGAGAGCUAGCUAG